CUUCUCUCUCUCGCUUUGCCCCCCCCCACAACUGAGUCCAAGCAUUCCGAAUGGGGGCCGGUCACAGCAUUGUGUCGUCUUGCAGACAGACAGACGGACAGACAGAAAGUCAGAAAGUCGGCCCUGAGCGAGAGAUUUGAAGGAUGACAGUGGUGUCAACAUCAUCUCCAUACGGGCUUUCACUCUUCCUUUGCUCUCAUAUGACAGCACAAAAGCAUUGUGUUCUUCCACUUCUGGAUCUACAUGGUUUUCACAUGUUUUUUUACAUGGUUUGAUUCCUUUUUUUUUGGGGUACCUUUUCCAAAAGAAAGAGUUUGAGUGGCGCCUCAGGCAAUUUUGUCUCCAAAGACAGAACGUAAACCUUGAUGACGAGAUCCUACACGAGCCUCGAUGCUUUUUUGGACACAAUUUUGGAUUCUGAAGCCACAUGGAGGCCAUGGUGUGCAUAAGCUUUGAUAUGCAUCCAAUCUUCACCGGCCGGGGGAAUAUUUUGAACGCUUAAAAGGAUUUUGACUCACAUCCUCCCAACACGCGCACACACGGACACACACAGACUAACUCAUUUGAGGCAUCUGAGAAUUCUCAAUGCAGGAUGUGUUUUAAGGACAAAUAUAGACAUUCACUUUGGGUCCUAUUGCGCCCAAAACUCUAUUAAAGGUCACUUGGUCAUUGUAAAACUCGCCUCAGAUGAACAAUUCCAGUUAUGUGCAAUUCAAGGCGGCGGUAUAAAUCCACCUUUUGAAAGAACACAACUUUUGUGGAGAGCAGCAAUUGCGAACCACUGUGAGAUCAUUUGUUCACUACAAAUAAUGUACUUUUCUUCCUCUAGCUAUGCUAGCGACAUAUGGUGACAAGCCAAACGAUUGAAUGCUCCGCCGCCAGAUGGUACAAUGAACCUGCCCGUAUUCACCUGUUGCCUUUCACAUGUCAACAAAAUAGGGUUCAAAUAAAGAGGACCUCAUUUCACAAUGAGGAAAGUUGUGAGUAAAUUGAGAGACAAUCUUUUUUUUUUCAGUAUAUAUACUUUUUGUGAAAUUUUGGAUUUGGUGGUGUUCUGUGAGAUUUGUCUAUUUUAAAAUAUGUACCAUGUCCCAGUAGUAGUGGGGAGGCACUGGUGUAUGACUAUGCGACACUUUGAGUCUUAUGGUAAAAAUGCUACUUGUUAUGUGAAAUGAGGUAGUGUAAAAAGUUUGUUAUUUUUAAUCAAUAAUAGCAACCUACAGGAAAGCGUAAAUGCAUUGUGUUAGUCGUCAUCAUAUAUAGGGGGAGCAAGGACAACACACACGCACACACACACACAAAAUAGGUGCACCAUGAUGGAGAGGACGAACUCUGAGCCACACGCCUCCCCGCACUCCCUCCACAGCUCCUCGCCGCCAUCAUGCGCUUCCGAGGACAAAGAUGUCCCCGAGGACGCCGAAACGACCGUAUCGACCGAUCCGUGCAUCGAGCCCGUCGUCAUGGAGACGGAGGAACAUCAAAGCGGACCGGCAAUCAGUGGCUCCCCCACUAAGUCGCCAACACUUGCCUCCCCACCGCCACUCCUGCCGGUCAAGACUAACCUGGGCCCACUCCCGCCCCCAACAACAUCAUCAUCACUUCCUUCGCACAUUCCCGUCAUCAGCCUGGCCCACAGCAAGCCCCCUCUCGCCAUCCCCAACCCACCGCUGACCGCCCUGCACCCGAUUCCCAAAAGGCCUCCUCACCUGGAGCUGCGUCACACUCAGCUGGCCUGCCUGCCCGUCAGUGGAUCCGGUGGUCCAUCGGUGUUGGCUCAGACGUACCUGCAACCUGCUCAUCCAUUCUUCUCCAGCUCUUUCUUGGCUGCCUCCGGGGGAAGCUACGGCGUCAUCGCCAGCGGCCGAGUGAGGAGAAAACCUUCCGCACACUUUGAGAUGGAGAUUAAUGAUGCUGGUCCUCCUCAGAAAAUUGCCCGCCGCGUCUUCACCAACACCCGCGAGCGUUGGCGGCAGCAGAACGUGAACGGCGCCUUCUCGGAGCUGAGGAAGCUCAUCCCCACGCAUCCACCGGACAAAAAGCUUAGCAAGAACGAGAUCCUGCGACUGGCCGUCAAGUACAUCAACUUCCUGGUCACCUUGCUGGACGACCAGGCCCAGCACGGACUCAGGCACUCGGACUCGGAUGGGGAGGAGGCACGCAAGAUGGACUCGUCUGGCCUGGACAACAAACUGGAGCCUCUCUUUCCGUGUGACACCCCUCCUCCAUCCCAAGGUGCCUCGCCACCUUCAACUUGCCCCGCGGUGACAAGGACCCACCACAGCAAUCGAGACCCCACCGAUUCGGCCAUCCCGCUUGUGACCUCGCCGACAAGCUCGAGUUGCGACAGUGACGUAAACAGCGAGGAGAGCUUCGGGGCAAAGGCCUCUGUGGUGACGACGCGUGGCGCUCUGGCCAAGGUCAAGGGUCAGAUAAGAAUGGUGACAGCUGCAAAUGAUGAGCGGUGACCACAAAAGGAAGCCAGGGGGUGGAAAUGCCACAGGAUGGGUUAGGACUGAGCCGACACAAAAGAGAUGCUCGUUCUGUCGCUCUCACAUUAGAAGAGUUUGAUGUCAUGUUGUUGGUUGUGUGUCUUUUUUUUUUUUUUUUAAGUAAAGUGCAAACUUU